AUGAAAUAUAUGAUUUAUUUUAAUUUGUCUUCAUUGUGGUGUUGUGCCCCAGUAGAUCCAACAGUUGAUUUCCGUCAUAGUCAUAUCGAAGCCAGUGAUGGUUUAUUGUGAACAGACGUUUUUAUACAAGUUGACAGAACGACAAUAUGAGAUAGUGAUUAUCUUAAAACCACAAAAUCUGGAGAAACAAUAUCACCAGAUACUGAACAGUAAUUCUUAUUCAAGAUAUAAAAUAACAAAAGACCAAGGAAACACAUCAGGAGUAGCAAAGAUUUUUUUACCUAGAGAGCCUGGAAACUACGAUAUUUUUUAUAUUCGGGAAGAAAAUUAUCAUGCAAGGAUUUUAGGAAAAUAUAUCAUAAAGCUAAGCCCAAUUCUUAUAUUGUAAUUGCCUGAGAAUGGCGCUAUCUUGCGCCAUCCUCGGGCAAUUAAAAAAUCGCCCCACACUGGGAAUUGAGCCCACGUGUGGGGCCAUUUUGGUGCGUGGAAGUCGAUGUUCUCCACAUACCAAAAAUGGCCCCACACAUGGGUUCAAUUCCCGGUGUGGGGCCAUUUUUGAAUUGCCCGAGGAUGGCGCAAGAUAGCGCCAUCCUCGGGCAAUUACUAUAUCAAGCUUUCAAGAACUUAAAGUUGAAAGAGUCCAUUACCCUCCAUAUCUUCAAGCUUUGCUAAAAAGACAAGGGAUGCUAUUUACAGUUCAGGAAACAAGCAGCCCAGGGAGAAGUGAGUCUAUUAAAAGCAGCGUCAAUCACUCUCAGCUAGUAAUUGAUGAGUACCCAUUUGAAAUAAUUCCAAAAAGUAAUAUGUAUAAUAAAGUAAAUCCUUUAUAG